AAAAUAUAAGUAUGGAUAUGAGACCCUAGACUGAUGGGAACCAUGUCCGGACACCUUUUUAGCCUAGUGGUCUUAUAUUUCAAUACAUCACAUCACAUCGCAAAUCAUCCAUCCUUCACUCAUCAUAUCAACUACAUUAUCCUCUUUCCUCCUCAUCUCUGAAAUGUCUUAUGAAAGAACAGACGCAACCUGCGUCCGCGAAGAACUCACCAAAACCGGCGCCCAGAGCUGGGGCUUCUUCAUCUACCGCACCUGCUCCUACGAUGACGAAGCUAGAUGGGAGCAAUUCCUCUCGCGCAUGAAAGGCUUCGCGGAGAAAACUCUCCUCAGCGCGCGGGAACGCGGCCGCGAUGGGGAAGCAAUUCUCCCCCAGCUUGAGUGGAAUGUGCAGCAGGAUCCUGCGCUGGAGAAUUGUUCUAAGGAGGAAAUCUGGCGACGGCAUCGGGAGUUGAUGAGAUCUAUGUAUGGGGAGUACCAGCCCGGAGAUGUCCGGCAUGGGUAUCCGCUUGUGGUUGAUCAGGAAGCGCUGGAUGAAUGGCGGGCGGCUGAUUAUCGGACUUCUACUGCGUAUGUUAUUGUGUUGAAUAUGAGCUGGUUUGAUCAGAUGGAGGAGAGGAGGCUUCGUCGGGAGGGGAUGGGGCGACGUGGAGGGGAUGGGCCUAAUGAGGAAGACGACGAGGAUGAUGGGCUGGAUGAGAGUGUUGGGUGGAAGAAGGUGUUGGUGGUCAAGGUAUAUCCCAGACUCUAUUCGUUUCUGCUGACUCCGCUGUGGCAUAUCAUGUAUGCUGAACCCCCUGAGAUUGAGCGUUUGCCUUGACAUAUGUCUGUCUAUCGACAAAUUGAAGCGCAGGAAGCAGGUAUGACCGAAUUUGCAAUGCUUUGGCUGACAACUGCUUAGCCUGCGGCGCGCCAAAGUCCUGAUCCUUUCAACGCAUUACCGUCUUUAU